CGCACUUGUGUGGAUACAGCUCACCUCCAUCACAGUCUUCUCUUCGCUCAAAAAGUGGCAAUCACGCUCGCAAAGUCAGCCGCCAACGACACUGCACUUGCAAGAGCGCUCCAGUGGACGUCUAGGUCCCCCCCUGCAGAUUCUGCCACCGUAACCUUGGACUCGAUUCGCACAGAACCGUGCGCCGAGCUGCAAUGAUGGCUACAUCUUCAGCUAAUCAAAAGGCAGGGGAUGGCGGUCCGAUGCAGAAUGUCGGAGUAUAGACGGACGGGGAAACCAGAAGAAGGGAAAGGCUCAAGGCUCUGCCUUCUGCCCAUCUCUCCAGAACUCGCCAGAGCACGGGCGAGCCACACAAAGCGAUGUUCAGCAGCUUCUUCGUGCGCACUUUUGCGCAGAUCAUGGCCAUCUGCCUCUGGGAAAUCUGGUCAAUGUCACGAGCCGCCGCAACGCUCGUUCGGCAAGGCGACUGAGGAAACAGACCAUGUCAAGCGCCUCAUUUGCGGGUACAGAGGAGGCGGCAAUUCGGAUCCCAAGGAGCAGGCCCAUGACCAGAAUGCAGCGCACGAUACCGUGCCUUCGUCCAGCCCUGCGCCAGAGCCCAAACGGACUCGUCUGACUGGACAGGGGCGGAUGUUCACCAAAUGGGCGGAAAAGGAGCGGGCAUUACUGGCCGAAGGUCCGAGGCAGGAGGAUCGCAAGUCAGCGGAUCUUGAAGGACGGGCUGGUGGGAGGAAAGGAUGCUAUGGACGUGGAUGGCGACCUACUGGGAUGAGCUUGAUCCUCAUGGAGCACGCUACCCCGACCCUCGUCUCUGAAAGUGAGUCUGCGCUUUGCAACAUUUCGACGCGCACGUCUUUUCAUGCAAUGCCGAGGUGAAAGUCACCCGCCUCGAUCUCUUUUCCUCCGCAGCCCAGUCUGAGAUGCUCCGCUC